CCCCCAGCUCGCUCUGAGUACGGUCGCUGCCAUGGGGCUGGACAAACGCACUAUUAAGAUCAUCGCGAUCGUCGUAGUGGUGCUACUCGUUCUUGGAACCGUCCUUGGGGUACUUCUGGCUAUUUUCCUACCAUACAGAUACGUCGAACUAGAAGUAUGGCCCCGUUCUGACGAGUACAACUACUACGAGCCCCUCAUUCACUUCCGAGCAAGUGAUCCUGGAAGCUGGCACGUCUGGUAUACGCGCAUUAAUGACUUCCUACGUGAUUAUGAGACCACAGUGCCAGAAGAGCCGCCCCGGGCUCCGUGCUCGAUACAUCGCCACGAUCAGCGGCUGGUGGUACCCAACUGUGAACGAGCACUCAACAUGUGGGCGCCCUGCAACGCUGAUAACUUCUAUGGUUACGCGGCUGGGAAACCGUGUGUUUUCUUAAGACUGAACCAUAUUCACUAUUGGGUACCAGAACCGUAUAAUGUGUCUAAGCCGCUUGGUAUUCCUCCAGAAAUGCCAAACAAUAUCAAGCAAUUUAUGCAACAACGUCCAGCCCACCACUACGGGGACUUCGUCUGGGUGUCCUGCAAUGGGGAAUUCACCUCCGACGAGGAGAACGUGGGCCCCAUACAGUACAUACCCGCCAACUUACCCCCCGGCUUCCCCACCACCCGGUUAAACACGGCCGACCGUAUUCCCUAUUCGACAAGGAAGCUGCCUGACCAGACCCAUGGGCCGUUAGUGGCUGUCUUCUUUGAGAAUCCUCGCCGUGGCGUAGUUAUCAAUGUGGAAUGCCGGAUUUGGACGCGGGAUAUCGUAUACAGCAGCUCCAGCCGUGUUGGACGUGCGCGUUUUGAACUUUACAUUGAAUAAAUAUGUAUUAAAAUAAAUGUAAUUAUACAUUAUUUUGCAUGCUUGAUGGAUGUGUCAUGCAGUGUGAAGUGAAUAUAUUGAGUGAGGCGUGCUACACAAACGAGCGGGAAAAUUAAGAAGGAAAACAUUUUUUUUAUUGAUGCAAAGAGGUUAACACACAUUACCUACGUUAUAAAUAAAAAUACAUAAAUUUGUGAAGCACAUCUGACAUAUUAUGAGUUAAAUUAUUUAUAUAUAUUUUUACUUAGGUAUCGCACCUAUAUUUAGAAAUAAGAUGCUUGUGAUUUUGAAAUUGGAUGUUUACCUGAAAACUAUUAGAUAAGAGUAAUAACAGUAAUUCUAACUUCAGUCUAUCUUCUUCUUCAUAAAUAAAUAUAUUAUAAUGUGUUGCCUAAGAAUUUGGAUAGAAGUUAAAUUAUAGAAUUACAUAAUAUGUAUUUCAAUAAUAAGAUUGGAAAAUGUGUUGUUAAUGCAUGCGCAAGUUUUGCUACUUGAAGGUUAUAUAAUAUUUACAACAAUAUUUUGUAAGAACAAAUAUAUUCGUACUUGCUAUACUGUAACUUAAAUUGUAAUAUGAUGGCGAAAUAGAAUAAUGGUUAUAUUAUAACUAGUCAAAGUCAGAAUGGUUUUACGUUACGAAGAAAUCAGUCAGUAUUUGUUUGUAUUCCUUCUUUCACGUCACAACGUGGCGGUUUUGUGCUUUGUGUUUUGUAUUUUUUUGUCCGAACCCAGUUAGAAGGCUCGAGUAAAAUAGGAUUAUUUUUACCGCAAUAAAACAUCUCAUUCUCACAGGAA